AUGGGUGCAGAAGUGCCGCUGAAGAUAUUUGGCAUCAGCGGUGAACUUUGCCAACUCUCGCUCAAGCCUGGGUGCUGCAUUAGAGACCUGAAGAAGGCGGUCGCGGAGUUAUUGAAGGCAGAUCCAGUGCAGCUACGCUUGCUCUACCAGCUUCGCGAGGUCCAGGAUGAAGAAGAGCUCCCACCGUCGUCAGGGAAAAGCCUGGAGUUUACCUUGGUCAAGCGACCGGAGGAGCAGGCUCGAUGGAUCAACGAAAUGCGGGAGGGCAUCGUAGCCAAGCUGAAGGCAGAUGCGGGAAGCGCCAAAAAAUGUGGCAGUGGGAUGCUCCGUCCCACAUCCGCGCUGAUCCGGAGGUGGUCCGUGCGGCGCUUGCGGUAUCAGGAGACUGAGAGAGUAGAGGGACAAAGCCUGGAGUAUGCUGAUGCAGCUCUGCGCGCUGACAAAGCGAUGGCACUGCUGGCUGUUCAGUCGGACUGGCGGGCGCUGCAGUUCGCGGACGAGGCGCUGCGGGAUGACAAGCAGGUGGUUCUGACAGCCGUGAAGCAGGACUGGUGCGCACUGCAAUUUGCUAGCGACGCUCUGCGCUGCGACCGGGAGAUUUGCCUAGCUGCCAUCUCCCAGGCUUGGGCGGCCAUCCUGUUUAUGGAUCCAUCCCUACGUGCAGAUCGCACCUUCUUGAUGUCAGCGCUGCAGACCGACCAGUGCCGGCUUGGAAUUGCUGCGGGCAAUUUACGAGAUGAUAAGGAGGUGGUGCUGAUGGCCGUUGAGCGGCAUGGCUUGUCACUGGCUGAU